GAAAAUUAUGAUGGAAAAGAAAAAAAGAAACAUACCGCGCUUAAAAUAAAGCCAACCUCGCUUAAAAGUAGCCUCAAUUCAGUAACCAGUUUCCCUGACACAUGUUCAAGAUGGCGGUCAGUAUAGACGACUUUUUGAAGGCGAAUUUGGGACAGUUGAUGUCUAUUGGCUUGCCAGAUGAUCUUUAUUUCAAACUAUACGAAAAGCUGUACCCUGAACUAAUUUACGAUGCAGGGGAUUCAUUCAUAUUUAGUGAAUCUGGAGAAGGAUACAAACUUUGUGCAAAGAAGGAAAUCAAGAAACACAGUGACAUAUUUCUUGUUGAUCAUGCAUGGACAAGUGAUGGUGGUGCAAUGGCAAAAAAACAGCUAGAAAAAAUGCCUCAGUUGGUUUCCAGAAUGCAAACCAUGUUUGGGUUAAAAGAAUUUGAUGAUGAUUUGGAAUCUAAUGAUAUAGAGUAUUUGGACAGUUGUGUUGUGGUGCAGAGUACAUGUACCUGUUCACUUGAAGAAGCAAGGCAUGUGCUUAAGUCAAGCAAAGAGUGUGUAAUUGAUGCAAUAUUGAAAAUUGAAAAUGGUAACCAACCAAAGCAAGCAAAUGACGAUUCCCCUCCUUGUACAUUUGAUGAAUUUAAAAGAGCUAUGCAGACUUGUGCCCCAGAUUUAGCAGAGGCUGGUGUUUCAGAAGAUUAUCUAAGGAAAAUGUAUGCAAACUUUAUAAAACAGCAAGGCAAAGGAAUUGGGGCUGCCAUGACAUCAAAAUACAACUGGGCAGAUAACAAAGAAGAUGGCCUAGUUGAAGUUCAUGUUGCCAUCAAACCAAGUAUCCACAAGGAGAAAAUUAAAAGCCAGUUGACUCUGAAUCAUUGGCAGUUGGAUGUUGAAGGGAUGGGAACACUGAUUGCAGGUCAUUUGUUUGAAAAUGUUAUUCCAAGUGAAAGCUGGUGGGCUAUUGAAUCACCUGGAGUUCUAAGCAUGUACUUGAAGAAGGGUCAGUCAUAUGGAGAAGAAUGGCUGGAGCUGAUAAAAGGUGAAAAACAGCUAUCUCCUGCUGAAAUCGAUGAAGCUGCUUGGUUGAAUGACUUGCAAUGCAAAGCUGAAGUCAAAGAUAUUCUUGAUGGAAUGUGGGCUUAUAAUCAAACAUACAGGCUCGGCUCAACAAAAUCACGACCUGCAUGGUAUAUUAUGGAUGAAGUAGGAAGUGCUAUUGGUCAUAGCAAUGCACCAAACUUUUUAUGUGCACCAUUCUUCUUUUUGGAUAAAGGAAUGGUAUUAAGCUUGCUUUGGCCAGUGAAAGACAUAAGUUUUGGAGAUGAAAUCACAAGAAACUUUGUUCCAAGAUCCUUCCUUGGGGAAAACGAAAGUAAUUUUGACACACGUAUAGCAUUAAUUGCUUCUCAUUUAAGUGGUUUGUCACUCAAUACAACAGCUGAAGACCAGAUAGCUGAAGGAAAAUUAUCAACCAAAAAUAAAAGUUUCUUGCUAAAGAAUAUGCCAGAAAAUGGUUCUUUUGGCAAAAGGAGAAUAUUUUGUGAUUUUAUUGAUGCAAAUGAUUUAUCUAAAGUUGCUACAAAUAUUGGAUGUUCUGUGACAAAUGAUCUCAAAGAUGGUGAAUGUAUCCUCUCAAUGUCACCAUUGCCAGUGUCAGAACUUUCAACUGGAGCUAGAGUGAACCAUUUUGCAGGGGAAGAAGUAAUCUUCAAUAAGAGUAAACUGCAUAGUAUUUUGAAAACAAUUUAUAAGGAAUCUUCAUGGUGUACCAGAAAGUUUUGCUUAUUAACAGAACUUUCAUGUUUUUAUAAAGAAACAGGCAGUAAGAGUUGCAAUGAUUACUGGGUUUUACACACAGAUAAUUCAAUGCAAAGCAAUGUCUCUCCAGUUUUGGCUUCAGACAUAUUAAGAAUAAGCAGACUGAUUGAAAGUGGAUUCACAAUUGCUUCAAAAUUUAUUCUACACACCCAGUUAUACAAGGAAAAGAAAUUUGCAUUGUCAUAUACUGUCUACAUACACGGAAGAAACCCAACUGAAAUUUUUGUUUACAACAAGCCAUGCAUUAGAGAAGGGAAGCAGAAAUAUGAUGCCAAUAAAACAUUAGAUGAGUAUGACUCCUCUGCAACUCUUACUGAAAGACCAACACCUGCCUUUGAUCCUAAAAGGCAUCAAGACUUUACUGCAUUUACUUCGUCUAUAGAUGAGGUGAUGAAGAAAGGGGGAUUUGACAAAACAUGGGACAAUGUUCAGCAAGAAAUCCUGAGAACAAUUGGAACUGUCAUUGAGAUUGUACUUCCAAGCAUCUCUUUUGAAAGCAGUUCAUCAUUUGCCCUUUUUGGUAUUGAUUUAAUUUUAGAUGCAAAUUUUAGACCAAUUUUUCUUGGGUUUGACCAGGUCCCAACCUUCUCAAGUGCUGAAAUGCUUGAAGAUAUAUUAUGUGCUAUUUUAUGUACUGACCAAUCACAUGGAUUGCCAAGGGGAAAUUCCUUUACUAAGAUGUUAUUUUCCUAAAAUAGAUCAAUUUUUAAUGUAGUUGAAUAUAGCAGUAUGGUACAAAUUGCUCUAUGUGAAUUACUGUUCAUGUGAAUGCAAAGAAUUUGUAUUUUAUUUUUUUCCUUUGCCAUUUUCUGUUGCUCUCAUUCUUUGGGGAUAUUUCUCAAUGCAUUUGCUAUAUACUAACAAUGUGUGAGUCAGUGAGUAUUUGAGACUUUUACAAAAAGAGUAGCUUCUGAUCACUAUGAAAAUUCAAACUUGCAAUGGUGAUUUAUUUUGUUCUUAUCCUAUUUUGCAAAUAUUCCCCUUGACAAGAUGAAACUAGUAAUUAUUUAGCAUUCAGGCUGUUGCUUUAAGAAACAGUAUUGUAUAAUAUAAAUAAUUUAAGGGAUUAUAAAAAUAGUGUGGAUUUUGCGAAGUAAGCUCUUGGAUGUAGUAUGCAUUGUGAAAGUGGGGAGGGUGGCACAUAGGGACACUUAUGUGAGCUACAAAUAGACAUUCAUCUGUGUGUCUCAAAUGUGGGGGCAUUUCUCCUGGUUUCGAUGCUUAUGAUUAGUUUAAAUAUCCCAGGCUUUCGUCAGAAAGGUGUAUGAUCACACACACAUGCUCUGGUUUAUGCCUACUGCUUUCCAGGAGUGCAAAAUCACAAAUGCCUUCUUUCAUUUUGAGAGCAAAACUCUUAAUGUUGGUUUUGUGGGUUUUUUGUGACGUGUAAAUGUUAUUCCUCUUUUGUACAUGCCAUUUAAAAACACCCUAACACCUUGUCAGGACUAAAAAUAAAAAAAUGGGAAAUUAUAAUUGAACUUAUGUUCAGUGGAAGCUGGCUUUUAUGAACCUCGAAUAAAACUUACUGUCCAGUAUAACAAAAAAUGUCUGGUCCCUUUGAUUCUUCUUAACUCCUUACAAAUUCCAUCCAUUUAAAGAGUUCCAGAUAUAACAAGCUCUUGAUAUUACGGAACUAAUUGUAUGUUGCAUCAACAUAAUUUUCUUCCAUAUAACAUCAUUAUUUAAAAAUGUUCACUGUUAUUUUGGUUUAUUUAUACUAUAUUUCUGAUGAAAAGAUUCUUAUUAAACAAGAAGCUUUCAAUUGAACUUUCUUGUCUUCCUAGGCUUGCUUUAUAUCCCCCCUUAGAGUUUUGCUAAUUCUAAGUCUCCUUAUUAAUUCUCUCCUUUCAAGGGCUGACUAAAAGAGAGAAUUGAAGCAAAUCAAUGUGAUCCUACACUGUUUGAAAAAGUUUGUUUCUGUCAACAUAAAAUUUGUUCAAAAUUGGUCCCAAAGUUUCUUCUGUCUUGAAAUUUACUACCAUGUUGCACUUUAAGGUAGCUCAUGAAAUAUACCUUUAGAAUAUUAACAUGUUUUUGAAGAAACUGACUCUCUUCAGUUUAAGACUUGCAGGCACAAGUUAACUGACUUACUGUUUAAUUGAAUUAAUUAAUCCAAUAUCAAGCACAAAGGUACAAAAUGACUCACAAAGAAAGUUGAAAACACGGAGAGUCAUCAGCCAGUGGUGUCAAAAACUUUCCUUGUCUUUGUUGUUGCAUAUUUGUACUUAUUUAUUUUUCAGGUAAUGGAGUCAAAAAUGCACUUAUUCAACAUCUACUCUUAGAACAAAGAACAAAAAUUUUGGAUAAAAAUAAUGCAUUUUUACAAAAUAAUAAAAAUACCACAGCCUUGUUAUCAAACAAACAUUACACUACCUAUUUGUUUAUCUCUUUUUCUUUUUGGAUGAUGACAAACAUCUUGAAUGACAGUUCUAAAUGUAGCAACAUUGACCUGUAUUUCCAACUGCAAACAUUCUGAUGAAAUACCAUUCCACAGGUUAUUUAUAUCAUCUCAAUAUUUACUGUCUAGAGCACUUUCUGCAGUUAUUUAUUUUUUUCAGCUUUACUUUUCUGUUCCCCUUUCUUUACCUUUUGUUCCAUAAAUAGUACAUGUUUGUUUACUGUUAAAAAAAGAGAUUUAGAGUUGAAAGAAUAGAUUCAGUGACAAAAACCAAAGGAUGAAAUCUUGCAGAAGUCAGAGUACUUUAACCCUAUCCAGACUAGGCUUUUUGAAACUUUCGGGAGACUAGGGGGGGGCACAAAGUGCCCCCCCUCCGUAAUUUCUUUGUCCCUCUAGCUAGGACAAUGAACUUUGUUUUGAUGGUACUCCUAUCUUUUCUCCACAUUUUAGU